UUUCUGAGAGAUGUCCCAGACUCUGUUCCUGUGAGUAUCAUGGGGGACAUCCCAGGAGGUGUUGGCCUUUAGACACCAAAUGCAUGUGGUGCCUUGACACAGACCAUGGCAUCAAACCUGACAAAAUUCAUCCAUUCCCUGGAUCCGAGAACCCUCCCCAGGGUUCUCCAAAUCCAGUCAGGCAUCUACUUCCAAGGCUCCAUUUAUGAAAUGUUUGGAAAUGAAUGCUGCCUACCAACCGGGGAAUUGAUUAAAGUUACUGGGUUCAAAAUUAAUAAGAUCAUUGCAAGCAUCUGCGAGAGUAAUGAAGACAGCCAGUGCUCAGCCAGAAUUGAAUUGCCUCUGAAUUUUCCAGGUCUUUGUAAGAUUGUGGCUGAUAAAACUCCAUAUCUCAGCAUUGAAGAAAUCACAAGAAAGGUUUCUAUUGGGCCAACACGACUGGGCCAUCCUUGCUUCUAUUGCAAUGAAGACAUAAAAUUGGCAAAUUUCACCAUCAAACAAGGUGAGCAGAUCAUGUUCAACUCCGUGGAAGAGGUCAAUGGGACACUGACUGUGAACUGCGGAGUGGUAAGAGAGAACCAAUCUCACUCCUUUACUUUGCCACUUUCACAAGAAGGAGAGUUCUAUGAAUGUGAAGAUGACCAUAUUUAUACCCUGAAAGAGAUUGUUGAAUGGAAAAUCCCCAAAAGUAGAAACCGGAUUGUGAAAUUUACCAAUAUGUUACAUACAUGGGACUUCUCUAAUCCACUUCCUGAGAAUUUUGAUGGCUGUCUGAUUCUAGCACCAAUCUACGAAGUACAAGGAGUGAUGAAAUUUCGAAGGGAUAUAGUUCAUAUCCUCUCUGAUCUAGACAUUGAAGUCAUAGAUGUAACAGACUCUUAUGAUAUUAGCUGUUUCCUUCAUCCAUUAUCCAUGGAAGAUGUAUUUGAAAGGACAAGCAAAGAAUUUCCUAUGGUUGCUGAGGUAAUAGAAGGGCCCACAGGAAGACAGCAACCUUGUAAUUUAUUAUGUCCUGGGAAAGAAAUUGUCAUUCACAAAAAGUACCAGGCGAAAAGAAUCCUUGCAUCUGAGAUCAGAAGUGAUUCCCACAAAAGACACUUUUUAAUUCCUGCCAGCUACAAAGGAAAGUUCAAAAGAAGACCUCGGGAGUUUCUAACUGCCUAUGACCUGGAGAUAGCAAGAAGUGACAAGGAGCAGCUUCAUGUUGUAGCAACUAAAGCCUUUGAUUCUCCCCAUGCAGAAUUGUUUUCUGUUUCUGUUGGAGACCAGUUUCUAGUUCAACAGCACCAGACUGGUGAAGUCAUAUAUCAGGGAAGGAAGAAAGUGAUAGAUGUUUUGGCCUGUGAACAAAUAUUAAGUGAGGCCUAUAAGGAAGUGCUUCUUCCUAUGUAUAUGGAAGGUGGCUUUGUAGAAGUGAUUCAUGACAAGAGACAGUACCAGCUUUCAGAGCUUUGCAAAGAGUUCCGCUUGCCCUUUAAUGUCAAAGUAUCUGUGAGGGAUCUCUCCAUUGAGGAGGAUGUCUUGGCUGCUAUGCCUGGACUGCAGCUUGAAGAAGAAAUCACAGACUCUUACUUGCUAAUCAGCAGUACUGGCGAUCCUGCAGACAGCUGGGAAAUUCCUGUGUAUCGUCUAAAUAUGUCUGUUCAGUUGCUCAGCAAAUCUGUUGAUGAAACUGUAUUCUCCCCAACAAGGACUAUUGUGGAAGAGAUCAGUGAAGAACAAUAUUACAUGGUGAGGAGAUUUGAAAACCAAGUCCUACACCCACCACCCAGACCUCCCAAAAAGCCAACAACACUGGAAUCAAAACCUCUUCUUACUCUACCAGAGCGAAGUGUGUUGGAUGCACCGCAUGCUGUGAAGAAUCUCUAUGUAGGCACCACUAAGAAACUGCGCUCAGCUCAAGCUACUGCUGUUUCAGAAUUACAAGUUAGUUGUCAAAAUGAUUUAGGGCACUGGGAGAAUGAGGACAACGUGACUGGGAUGGCUACAUUACUGGACACCAGUGUGAUUAAAGGUCCAAUAAACAAUAUGCUUCUGGAGGAGAAGCACAGCUAUGAAUAUGCUGAUGAAAACCUAAUUGAAAACAUAAGGAAAAAAUUCCAAGAAAGCACAAUUCACAAUAAAAUGUAUCCCCUGAAGAAGAAAAGGGAAGAAACCUCUAAGAUGGAAUAAUACUGAAAUUAACCAGAAAUGACUGGAAAACUGUGUAUAUUAUGUAAUUAGAUCAUCCACAACUACAAUAACAGAUGAAUCCUGAAAGAAACACCGUCUUCCUUCUGUCUCAUGAAGAGCAUCCAAGGCUGCAAUUCAACUACACCAAGCCCCAUAGAAACUAAACUACUUUCACAAUCAUAAAUAAAAAGUCAUGCACGCUAAUGGUUCCCUUUGUAAACAUGUAUUCACAAAUUCAUAUAAUUAUGCCAAUUAAGAUCCAAUUUUGCCUUCUCAGUGCACCCAAAACACCCAUUGAUUUCCUAGGCUACUGUAGGGCGCUUACUCCAGGCCAAUUCCUUAUUCUAAAGUGUCCUAUAAUUGCAAAUGUUUUGGGGAGAAAGAGUAAAGUAAGUCCUUAUUUAAUUAAACAAUUGCAAAUGCUCCAGGUUGAGUUUCAGGUAUGGUGUACUGAAAAUUACAAGAGUCAGAUUCUGCCACCCUUUCUGGUGCUGCGUAGUAUCUUACUGUGCAAGUAGUACCUUGCUUCAUAAGUAAUCCCAUUGAAAUCAAUGCAACUGCUCACAGAGUGAAAUACUUCCCAGUGGGACUAAGGGUGGCUGAACCUGGCACAGAAUAAAUCAUAGUAUUUUGGGUUAGGUUGUGUCCAUACUGAGGAUAGGAAGGGCUGAUCUUGUGGGGUCUGAGUAGGAGCC